CAGAGAUAUUUCAUUGGUUGAAAGGCAGUUGAAUCCUGCCUUGCUUUUAACUGUUAGCUUGUCAAUCAAAAUUUUACAUUGUUUACUUCCUGGUCGGCGAAGACACCAAAAAUUGCCUUAAGGGAAAACGAAAUAACAUAAGGGCGGAUUUCACACUGAUUAAGGAAGGGGGAGAAACCAUGUGAAAGUCACAUGAACGACAAGGAUGAGGCAUAAAAAAACAGGGAGGAAACUUGAGGAGAGGACUACUGCCACACCACUGUCUCAUAAAAGUAAUUAGCUGCGUUAGCCUCAAAACCACUAGGCAGUCCCCUCUCCCACCCCCUGCCCAGUCAUAUGCCAUGAACAACACGACUCAGCCCCCUUCCACUGUAGAUGGGGAUGGAGCAGUCAGCUACGUGUUGGUACCCUUUUUCCUCAUCACCAUCAUCGGGAUAGCAGCAGCUGUGGUAAUGUAUGUACGCAAGAAGCGAAGAAUUGACAGACUUCGACACCAGUUGCUACCAGUCUAUACGUACGACCCGUCAGAGGAGCUGAAUGAAGCUGAACAGGAGAUGUUAUGGAAAGAGGAGGAUACCAAGGUGGUGCAGGGAUGGGCAAGAGCUUACCAGCAUCGACGCCCCCUACUGACAAAAGACAUCCAUGCAUGAGUACAUGAUGAAGUACAAAAUUGGACAUACCGAUCAAUGAGGAUACUCUUUGGCCAGAGGUGUCUUAUCAAUGUAUCCUUAAGGAAAAGCAUGCACAGGAGAACGGCCUAGUCAUUGGUCAUGCUUUGUCUCAUCAUCAUCGUCAUCAUCUCUCCACUGUUAAAAGCUCUGAUGCCAAGUGUGUGUGCCUGACAGUUGCAACAUCUCCAAAAUCAUAGCACAUAAGAUGACUUUUGGAUCAUAUUUAUUCGAGUUUAUUUAUUCAAAUUUUUAAAACUGUGUUUCUGUGUGUAAUAAUGUAAAUGCUACUGACACUAGGGUGGUAUAUCCCAUUCAAAUAGUGGGUGGGUCUGUGCUCUAGAUUGCCUUAAAUGUGUGUUUGUGGUGAGCAAGGUAAGGACAAGUGUCCUCAGGGACUAGUCAGAUGUCCACUCUUUUUUGUUCUUCUUGCAAGCAGCAUCUGAAUUGAUCUGGGAAUGUAGGAGUAUGAAGUCUAUACACAAGCUGUGAUAAUAAUGGGUGAGCAAGUACCAUGCUGAGGACUAGAGUUUCCCUCCUGUUGUCCAAAAAGGUUAGCCAUGACUAUUAUGUGUCUCGCUGUUUUUGUGCCCUGCAGAGUUCGCAUGUGAGCAGAUUUCUUUUUGUGUACCUUAAUGCAAUGCUAGAAAUGUGAUGGCACACAAUGUGUGUGUACUUUUAUUUCCCCUUUUUGUUACUGAACAUACUAUAACGAGGUUCCCAAAUCCUAAACAUAGUCCUUGAAUAUAUGAUGAAGUGUCAAAUAAGAAAAUAAAGUAAUUUACUCUAUUUAUAUCUAGGUAUCUACCAGCUCCUUAUGGUCUGUUAAUGAACCCAUCCCAUAGUAAGUCCCUAUGCUUGAGCUGACUCUUAUGACUCUCAUGUUUGGCAUGACAACCCAGAUGUGGAACUACCACAUCCCCUCCCACAAUCUGACUACAGCCCUAAAUAUGUCCUGUUUGGAAAACAUUGCCCCUUAAGCGGAGGAAUCAAUUGAGUUGAAUGCCAUAAGCCUGACUAUGAUAAUACUCAGGAAACUGUUUUUCUCUGAUAGAUGUCCCCAAUUCUCCAUGUUUGCUGUGACCCACUGGCCCUGCUGUUGUAAAUGUCAUUGCUAUGAAUAUAGGAAAGUGUUUUAAGGCAUGUAUAGGCUAAACCAAUGUCAAUCAGUGAACUUUGUUUAUUGUAGGAUUUUGUCUGAUGAGCAUUACAACAAUUAACAAAAUAAUUAUUGAGGGUUUUCUAUUUGAGGCUACUGAACAUUCUACUGAGUGCUCUUAAUUCUCUUGAAUUCCCCUUCAUGUUAAUUUGGGGCUACAUUAGACGUCGACAUGGCAGAAUUGUCAUUGUUAAAUAAUAAAAAAAAGAUAAUCCCUAUGUGUGUAGCAAUGUAUGUAUGAAGCAAGUGGUUUAUUUUAGAAAAUGUAGAUAGUACCGAUACAAAUGUAUACUUUAAAUACAAUUCUGACAGCACUGUUAUCAAGACUUUGCACACUAUCAUUGUUGCUUCUCACUGAUGGACUGUCCAUAAAAUCAGUUAUUUAUAUCUAAGUUAAGCAGAGUACAUACUGAUCUUUUAUGAAUGACCUGAAUGUGAGGUUUAUGCAAUACAAUAAAAUGGCACGAUCUUGCCCA